UUCAGUACUAAAAGCGGUAACCCCGAGCUACACUCGGGCUUACCAUGCGGCGUUGCUCAGGGAUUCCCUGCAGCGCUUACCUUGUCCUUCGUUCCUGUGAUGUCCCUCCUGCAGUGUCCCCGGCCAUCUCCACCGGCCGAUGCCAGCAUCCGGCUUCCGUGUUCCGGUCCCUGUGACUUCGGGACAUACGGGGGCCGGAAACCGGCGGCAAAUUUAAAAAUUUUAAAAACUGUCUUUUUUUCAUUUCACAUUUUGUCCCUAGUGCUUUGGCCUGUGCCCUGCCUGCCUGCCUUUUGACUGUUCUUUCUG